UUUACUUUUUCGGUACGUCUCGGUCUUUGAUCAGCGUGGCUGUCUCACCUGUUGUCUGAGACGGGCGGGUGUGUAUUGCGGGAAGCCAGCCCCUUUGUUCCCGUUCGCCCGGUCCCACCGAUCAACGGGCGGUCAUUGUUUUUUCUCCUCUGGUAGUUGAUUACCACCAACAUCAUAUGCAUAUGAAUGCGCACGUCCAUAUGAUAAACACGGCCGACGUUUAAUUAUUCCUGUCCCGAAGAGUGGCGCAAAUUGGGCUAUCGGCCGGAGGGGGGCUCAAAGCGGUGCUCAUAAAUAUCGUAGUCGGGACUUAGAUUAAAUCUUGAUGCCUGGCAAAACAGACCAUCAGUUUGUCGAGUGAUAGCGAAGUGAACACACCUCUCUUGCGAUUCCCUCACAAGUCCUUAUCCACUACACCAUGAGAGUUGGAGUUCUCUUUUUCGUCACCGUAGUGACGACUCUCCUGACGGGAGGGUUGGUGAGCGGUGAAGCUGGCCCAGACCCGAGGAUAGCCAAGCUGGAGUCGGCGAUGCUGCGUGCCCUGGGGAUGACGCACAGACCGCGGCCCCGGAGAGGAGCGACGGUCCCGAGGCACAUGCUGGAGCUGUACGGGCGGCAGGAGAAGCUGCGGGCCCAGCCGGCGGGACAGCCGUCAGACUGUCAGUUCCCAGACGUCACCGUACCGGGAAACAUCGUCAGGAACUUCAAGGGCAAAUAUCACGACACCGUCGACCUUUCCCCGACGGCCUGCUCCAGUCAGGGCGUGACGUACUCCGUGUCUGCCGUCGCCGCGGAGGAGUUCGUCCGUUCCGCCGAGCUCAGGGUGCACGUCCCCGACGACCCGCGGGUUUGGUCCGCGGCUCAGGCGUACACCGUCAGCGUCUACCGUGUGCUGCGGCCCGCUGAAGUCGGCAGCGCGGACAACUUGGAGCUGCUGCAGGCCCACGUCAUCACGCCUUUCGACAGAGACGACGUGAAGGCCUUCAACAUCGUGAGCGCCGUGCAACGCUGGCAGAGACGGGGUGAGGACAACCACGGCCUGCUGGUGUCGGUGGAGGCGGUGCCGGCAGAGGACGGUACCAGGCUAGACUCCUGCCCACACUUCAGCCUGACAGACAUGGAACUGUUCGUCAUCUCCACGGACAUGCAGCAGUGCAGGAGCCGGGACAAGCGGUCCGCACGGGCGGUAGACUCCCCCAGCGGUCCCGGCAACAUCUGCAAACGGAGGAAGCUGUACAUCAGGUUCAAGGACGUCGGCUGGGACGACUGGAUCAUCGCUCCUCAGGGCUACAUGGCGUACCACUGCAGCGGUGAGUGCCCCUUCCCGCUCAACGAGCACUUGAACGGCACCAACCACGCCGUCAUACAGACGCUGGUGAACUCUCUCACCCCCGACUCGGUACCCCCGGCCUGCUGUGCGCCGACCAAGUGGUCGUCCAUCUCCAUGUUGUACUUCGACAACAACGGAGACGUCGUCUUGAGACAGUACGAGGACAUGGUCGUAGACGGCUGCGGCUGUAGGUGAAGAAAGAAAAAAAAGAACUUUGGUUUCAAGCUUGUAUUUAAGUCUAAGAAGAGUGUUUCCAGAGCUGUGUAUUGUACAGAACGUCCAGCCGAAGGAUGUGUAUUCCUUAUUUGUGAAAAUCUGAUGGGGUGACAAACAGCACAAUAGGGGAAAAUGGAUGUGUCUGGGUAGCUGAUGACCAAUUACGCCAUUAUAGCCCCACGGUGGUCUACAAAAUUGACACGAGUGUAACCGAUACUUGCUCAAAAUUCGCCAUUUUUCUUGUCACAAAAAAACAAACAAUUCCCCAUUUUUUUCACAAAGUAUUUUGAAUCCUCUGACUGUUCGUGUAAGGUAUAAAGAGCAUAAAGUACUUCCAGUCGACUGCCUGUAAAUAUUAUUGUAACGAUUUGUAUAUAUGUAAUUUGAGCAGAGUUUUCUAUGCAGGGACUGUUGUUUAUUUUCCUAAAUUCUAAGUUGACAAAGGAGCAAAAAUAUUUACAAUAGCAUUGACUAAAUGGUGCUGAUAUGACAAGGUGCCAGUAUGGUUGAUUGUUUAGAGAGCUAUGUCAAUAAAACUUCUAACAUUUUUA